CAAAGUAACAUCAAUGAUUCUGUAUAAAAAGUUAUCAAUACAAUUAAGUGCUCAAUUAUUUAUCGAGAAUUAGAAAAUUCGAGGUAUUUAAACAAAAAUGAAAUUUACAUUCCUGCUUUUAAUUUUACUUAUAAAUGAAAAUUAUGGAGCUCGAAUUUUGGGAUUAUUUCCAUUUCAUGGCACAAGUCAUUGGGCUAUGUUUGAGGCAUUAAUGAAAGGUUUAGCUGAAAAGGGGCAUACGGUUGAUGUUGUCUCACAUUUUCCACAAAGAAAACCAAUACCUAGGUACAAUGACAUAAGUAUUGAAGGAUCUAUGCCAUCUAUUAAAAAUAGUUUAACAGUGGAUGUGAUGUCAGAAUGGACUCCAAUUGUUUGUAUCGAUUUUAUUGCUUUACUAGGAGGUAAUGGAAUAUGCGAAAUGGUUUUAAAUCAAACGAAAAUACAAGAUCUUUAUAAAUCGAAACAUAAAUAUGAUGUAAUCAUAACAGAAAUCUUUGGAACAGAUUGUAUGCUAGCGUUUGCCCAUUCAUUUAAAGUACCCACAGUUGCAAUUGUAAGUAGUGUGGCUCUUCCAUGGAUACCAGAUCGAUUUGGUUUACCAGAUAAUCCAUCGUACAUACCAAAUUAUUUGUUACCAUUCACGGAAAAUAUGUCGUUAUAUGAACGAUUUAUUAAUACAAUGUUAAAUGUUUACUCCAAGUUUAGGUUUAAUUACCUAACUCUCAGUGAAUCAAAUAAAAUUGUACGUGAAAAAUUGGAUCCAAACUUACCAUCUUUGUCAAAUUUUAUAAAAAACACAAGUCUAUUGAUUGUAAACAGUCAUUUCAGUAUAAAUGGGGCCAGACCGAUGCCACCAAAUGUUGUGGAAGUGGCUGGACUUCAUGUUGGAAAACCAACUGGAAAAUUACCAACUAACUUGGAAAAAGUUUUGAAUGAAUCAAAGAAUGGUGUGAUUUAUUUCUGUUUGGGUUCAAUGAUACGAACUGAAUCAUUUACAAUCGAAAAACAGCGAGCAUUAUUGGAUGCUUUUGGUGAAUUACCGUUUACUGUGAUUUGGAAAGGCGAGGAAGAUAAAUUUCCUGCACCAAUACCGAAAAAUAUCUAUUUUGAUACAUGGUUACCACAAUUAGAGAUUUUAUGUCACCCAAAAACAAAAGUAUUUAUUACGCAUGGAGGUUUGAUGGGUACUCAAGAAGCAAUUGCAUGUGGAACACCUUUAAUUGGUCUUCCAUUCUUUGGUGAUCAAGAUUUAAAUAUUGGAAAAUAUGUUGAAAAGGGCAUUGCAGAAAAAUUAUCCUACGAAACUUUAACGAAAACAAAUAUUUUAAAUGCGUUAAACAAAGUUUUAUACGAUCCUAAAUACGAAAGAAAUAUGAAAUAUUUGUCAGAAUUAUACAAAGAUCGACCAAUGUCUGCAAUGGAAACCGCAGUUUAUUGGAUUGAAUAUGUGAUCAGACAUAAAGGAGCGCCACAUUUACGACCGUACAGUGUGAACUUAACUUGGUAUCAAUAUUACAUGUACGAUGUUAUGUUCAUUUCAAUUAUAUUAGUUUUAAUUGUUUUAAGUGUUACUUACUUUUUAAUUAAAUUAAUAAUUAAACAAUUUAUUGGUUCUAAGAAUCCACAUAAACAGAAAACUAAUUAAUUAGUAUUA